AUGAAAAUGUGCACUAAUUUAAGUGCUUUAGUUUGGAAUAAUUUCUGCUUCAUGCUGUUUUCUAUAAAACUUUUCCAAUUUCGAAAUCUGUUGAGAAUUACUAUUUGUUGUUUCAGAUUAAUGCAAAAAGACUCAAAGGAAGGUAACAUUUUUACUGGAAUUUUCAUUGAAACACAAUUCAAUUUUGAAGCAAGAAAAGCAAGAAAACUACAACAAUCUACAAAACUACGCAAUAAUUUAUUGUUUUUAAACGUUAAUGUUAUGGAAACUAAUAAUCGAAAAAAUUAUUAUUAA